AUGCAUAAUUUGGCAAACAAUUGUAAAUCCCUGGAAGAACUCUCUGUUAGGCGCCUGACGGGAAUCAAGGAUAGUUUUGCUACCGAGCCGAUUGGCCUGGGAACGUUGGCUUCUUCGCUUAAAUCAAUCGUACUUGAGGAGCUUUAUAAUGGGUUAUUGGAGACCAUUUCAGGGAGGAAGAAUUGUUCGAUGGAGAUUCAUUUGGAAAGGCUGCAAGUAAGUGAUGUUGGGCUAAUGGCCAUAUCCAAAUGCUCGGAUUUGGAGGUCUUUCGCUUGGUGAAGACUCCCGAUUGCUUUUGA